AUGGAAUUACUUAGUUUAAUGGAUUAUUCACCACCUCAGUCAUUCAAGAUGGACAAAACCAUAUUAAUGGCAGUUACAACAUUGAUAGCAACAAUUGUCCUCAUAAAUUGUGUAUCUGGCCUGGGCGAUGCUAAACAGAGUAGUUUUGGCGGAUAUCCCUCAUCAGACGGUAAAUACCAAGACUGGUACGAAUGGAUGGUCAAGAGAAAUUUCGGAGGCGGAAAUGGCGGAUUUGGAUUCCAGGACGGUGCCGGCAGAUUCGUGAACUGGGAAGACGUUUACAGAAAUGCCAAAGCUAAAAGGCAACUGAGUGUAUCCCCCGAUGGAUUUGGAAAUUACGGUUCAUAUUUCAGCAACGGACUUCAGGAUUGGCGCCGAGCCUUCCGUGGAACCAAACGCAAUACCAAACGUGAAAAUUAA